AUGCUCAAUGUCGAUGUAGACGAGGCCGAUGUGGCUGUUCUUACGCAGAACCUUGCCAAAUCAAAGGAACUAUUCAAUGAUAUCACGAAAAGACUCCAUUCAAUUUCAACGAAAACAUCCUCAGCUUCCACCACCAUCAAGCCUGUGUUAUCUGAAUUCAACACGCUUACUUCCAAAAAACGGUCAGUGGAAGAAGGUUUGCUGCUUCUUAAAGACGUUUCUGCCUACGCUGGCCGUGCUGCUGAGGCGCAAAGACUACUUACUAGUCCAAUUGACACGGUAGGUACUACUCAGUAUCUUCAGUGUUUGCAGGAAUCACAAGAGUUACUGAAGCAGAUGAAGAAGGACAUUCGACAAUUCGAUGCUGUGGUCGUGACGUUUGCUAAUGUUGUCGAUAAGGCAGAGCUUAAUGUGAUUACCCAUUUUACGAAGUUGGUGCUGUCUAUUGGUCUAGGAGAGGCCUCUGUACCUAAACAUGGCGAUAUCGUGGCGGUACUUACGUUUUUUGCAAACAAGGGUAACUUGCGGAUGGCUCACGAGGCUAUGGAGAAGGCCUUUGCAAGACAGUUAUCCCAGAAGAUGGCACCUUUCGAAGAGGCUUGUGUUUUCCAGAAAAGAGGCGCCAACAUGCCAUACGAGCGUGGCAGUAAUGGUGUUGCCCAGUAUGUUGAAGAACUCAACAAGGCAGUGUCGGUUCUUUUUGGGGUAUGUUCAGAGCUUCUGGUUCUGGAUACACCGGUUACCAGAAACACCGUGGCACAGUACAUGGAUGACCGCGUUGCAAGGAUUCUUAAUCUUUACUGCAAUUUCUUGGAUCAGAAUGGCGUCACAGGCCAAGACCUUGUGAUUUUGGAUGUCUUGGACAAUGUACAGAUUUUAGACUCUCAUCUAAAUGAAGUCGCUAACUGCAGCUUGAGCGUUUGCAAAGUCGCCUACAAAGAAUACGUUCGUCUUCUCAAUAUAGCCCAAGGAUUAUUGACCGAAUGGGUGAAGUUUGUUGAUAACCGUGUACGGUCGAUGGACAAGUUGACGGAUAAUAACAUCCCAGAGGCUGUGGUUGAGGUUUUAUCGAAGAUUCGUCGCAUCACCGAAUACGAUUCUGUGUCACUAUUGAUUGAGGACAUGAAGCUUGGCAGCUGGCUUGACGUAAAGCCUCCUUUGCAGUUUAUUUCGGUGUAUACCUCGGUGAUUCCGGGCGCCGAGGCCGAUGCCACCGACCACAAAGCAUUUUUGAUCUCAUCAUAUGUUCUGGACCUUCUUGAUGAGCUUAUGAUUGAUCUUGAAAUCGGUCUCAAGGAGCAAUCUGGCGAUAACAGUUUAAAAAAACUGACACAAGGAUUUUUACUUGUUAAGAAUGUCGUAAUGAUCGAGACUAUCAUCAACCGACUGGAAGGAUUAUACCGGAAACUCGGCGUUGUGGGCCACGAGCGGCUCCAGCGGUUGAAGAACCGCUUCCUUAAACUCUUCUUGGACGACUGGAAUUACGCCUCGUACAUAAUCAUCCGCGAUAUGACCCAAAUUACCACGACAAAUGCCCAGCAUGGGGGCCAGAACAGCAACAAGGAACGUGAGCAAGUGAAGGAGCUCUUCAAGAACUUCAACGAGCUGUUUGAAGAGGCAUUAAAGAACUACGAGAAAUUCAAUAUCCAAGAAAGAGAUCUCCGGUUAUACCUUUCGAGUGAAAUCAAAAAGCUCAUUCUUAAUGCCUACAAUAAGCUCUAUGACAAAUACGGAAGCGGCGAGUUCACCAAGAACCGAGCCAAGUACAUCAAGUAUGACAAGACGCAGUUUGAAAGGUUACUAAACGAGCGGCUCUAA